CUUUGUUGUGUUAGUUUGUAGCUGGAGGUCGGUGUCUAUAAUUCUUGGAUGGAAAGCACCAUGCCUGGAUCAUUCUUAGCCGCCUGCAGUGUUCACGAACAAGCGUAGCGCCCGGGACGAAUUAAGCGUGUGAUUGGGACAGGUGCCGGUCUAGAUUAAGAGGUAGCCCAGUAGCAUGCAAGAGCUUCAACCGUCAUUUGAGCGAUUUGAAACAGUGGAGCUCUCAGGUUUCUACUCUGCCAUGCCGAGCAGCAAGACAAUAAUGGUUCUUUCACAGGGCUCUGUGAAUGAGACCGCAUGCGUAACAAGCUUCACCUAUCGAUCAACCCUACUUCCAUUCUUCUACUCCAUCUGUGUGCUGCUUGGACUUACUCUCAACACGUUCGUGUUCUGGAGCCUUUUCUUCAAGGAUAAGAAAUGGAACCCGAGCUCACUCUUCAUGCUCAACCUGGCCACGACCGACUUCUUCUUUGCCGUGUCCCUAAUUCUCAUGAUCUACAGCUUCAUCGUCAACAACAGCUGGGUAUUUGGAGACACGAUGUGCCGCCUCGUGAGGUUCAUGUUCUCCUUCAACAUGUACGGCAGCAUCUUGUUCCUGACCGCCAUAAGCCUGUACCGCUACCUCGGCAUCUGUCAUCCCAUCGCCUCGCGGCAGUGGCAGACGCUCAGAGUGGCCGCGGUCCUCUGCGUGCUCGUGUGGGCCAUCACUCUGAUGGAAACGCUGCCCUUUGUUCAUUUCGCAGGGACGUACAGCGAUGUCAACACCAACCUGACCAGGUGUUACAGUCUCGUCAUGUUUGACUCAACUGUCACGGCGUACGGCAUUACCGUCAUCACCUUAGGCUUCAUGGUUCCUUUCUUCACCAUCAUGGUCUUCAACUCCUGCAUGAUACACGCGCUGAGGAAAUCUAUGUCUGGCGCCAUCGCCAUGCAGGAGGAGACCAGGUUUCAACGGAGCAGGGCGGUCCGCACCAUCUCGCUGGUAUCCAUCAUCUUCACCAUCUGCCACUUGCCAUACCACAUCAACAAGAUCGUCUUCUGGGGGUUCACGAUCUGCGGGAACGAGCGAAUCCAUGACAUCAUGAUGUGCCUGGCGAGCUUCAACUGCUGCUUCAAUCCGGCGCUCUACCUCGUGAACAGGGCUCACUCGCAGGCGCACAGUGACCCACGUGACCAACGAGGCACCAAACCUGAGACAUCCGGGCCAGGUGAAAGGGUCCCCCCCUCGCUCGAAGCACCAUCUGCAAUGAGAUAGAGCGCAGUGUUGACUCUAGCGAUGAAGUACUUUACUGUGAGCUUUGUGUUGCACUUACGAGCGGUAGCGAUUGUCUUCGUCUUCACACGUAAAUAUCUUUGUGGUGUUAGGCGGCCUUGCGAGUUGCGCAACAUAUCACAAACCGGGGUUAUAUAUAAUCGAUUGUUUAUCAGAUAUCAUAUCAAAGGGUUUCAUUAUUUGUACGUAUGCUUCUCUAUAUGUUCUGUAAAGAUAAGUACACUGG